CUCAAACUGGCGGAUUAAACAACUCCGUUUUUGGCCAGACUUCUUUUAAUCCAUCAUCUGUGUACAAAUUGGGAGAAGCUACACCCUACAUCAGGAUGUUGGCUACAGUCCGCAAGCAACUGAUCAACCACCCGGCUUUGAUUCCACUCUUCAUCUUCAUCGGUGGAGGCACAGUCAUGUCCUUGGCGUACCUGGCUCGCCUGGGCCUGAGGAACCCAGAUGUGUGCUGGGAUCGGAAGAACAACCCCGAGCCAUGGAACAAAAUGUCCCCGACUGAUCAGUACAAGUUCUACACAGUCAACACGGACUACAGCAAACUGAAGAAGCAAGGUCCCGACUUCUAAAGCGUCUCUCGUCCGCUGGAGCAAACGCACAAGUGCACUGUUGGACGCGCAUCAUGAGUCAUAUUUAAGUUUCAUCAUCGCGUCUCCUUUUAUUUGAAAGCGUGCUCGUCUUCACUUUUGAGUGCGUCAAUAAAGCGAAAGGAGUCUUUCUCCUCCUGACAAGAGAAAA